AGAAAGUCGAAAAAAAUUGACUAUGCCACACACAUCAGGGAGAAAAAGUCAUUCUCAAAUUAUAGACGAUAUGACAAAGAUGAAUAAUGGUGUAAAGCCAACUCGUAUUGAGGUGUUAAAAAAAACUCACAUUAGAGCGAAUAAACAACCAGUAAAUGAGAUAGCUGGUGAAGUUAUGAAACAAAUGGAUGAUCUUGCCGAGGUGUAUCCUGAGUUGAAUGUCCCUGGAAGUGCUCCUAAUGAUGUGUACUCCCAAGUAAUGGGAUCAGACACUCAUGGAAUUGUCCGAACUCUAGGAAAAGGAGCAUCUCUUAGCUUAGUAUAUGGCCCCGUAUAUAAACGAUCUCAGGCUGAAAAAAGAGAUUUUGAUUCAAGGGUUGAGAUGGAAGUUCAAAAAGCUACCUCAGCUAGGAAAAUUGAGAUGACAGAGAAGAUGCAUGAAGCAAAAAAAGAGAUGGAAGUGAUGGAUAAAAAUUUGUUAGAAGCAAAAGAGGAAGCAAAAGAGAAUAACGAAGUGAUGGAGAGAAAAUUAUCAGAAGCAAAAAUGGAUAUGGAAGAAAUUAUAGCGGAUAAAGUGAAGGAAGGAAUACAAGCAUAUGUAGAGUCUUUGGGAAUUAAUAUUGAUGCAAAUUUAAAAUCAGAGCAGGUGAAAUAA